AUGCAUAUAAAAGGAGACCUUAUCCUUGGUUAUCUAUCCUCCCAAUUUCACCAUGGCAGCUUCAUCGUUAGCUUCAAUUCAACAAGCUUCCGUCAAGCCUCAAACGACCGUUACACGCUGCUUCUGCAACUCGAUCGUCAGAACUCCACCUCAAAAUGUUGUGUGUAAGAGUAGUCUCGAAUCUCUCCGUAGACAGGUGUUGCGGACGAAACACCGAUCAGCAGGGCGCGGUCACUUGAAUUACCGAGGGCUUAAGGUUCAAGCGGCUAAGAAGAUAGACAACAGCCGAAGCUUCCUGAUGAGCUCUACGCUUGUGGCCAAAGAAGAGGAUAAAGACAAGGUAGCGGAGCUCUGCCAUUCUAUCACAGAAUGGGCCAAAGAAAAGCAGAAAGAUAAGGCUUCUGGUAUUCAGCAAUUUGGAUGCUUCCCUGAUCUAUAUAGCAAUAACACUUACCAUUUUAUGGAGCGUUAUAGGAGUUUCCAGCACAUUGUUAAUGUGAGGUCAUCGACAGAACAUACAAAAUUUAUGAAUGAUGUAAGGCCUCUAUUGACCCAGCCAAUAGCACUUGCAGUUUAUGAAUAUCAGGAUGGUCAAAUUGGUGCUAUGCUGAAUCCUAUAGGACCUAAGGGAGAAGGAGGAUUGGACGAUGCAACUGGUCAAGGUGGCAGUGGAGGUGGCAUUAGCCAUAAACAACAGUCAAAAGUUACCCUUAAUGCAGACAUAGAAGAGAAAAAAGACAGGGGUGACUGGAGCUUACAAAAGGUUCUUGAGAAGGUUAGAGGUGAAAAAAAGGAAGAAUCUGAAGGUGAAAAAUCAAAAAAAUGGGGCAUGGCUUCAUUAUUUGGUAAGACUGAAAGGUAGGAACUCAAGCAAUGAAAUGUUUUGUGCCACCAAUUCCAAAAUACUUAAUAUUUUCUCAGUUAUUUGGCUAUCUGCAACCUCAUUUUUAUGUCUAGUUUGUCCAUUGAAUCAUGCCAUUGAUUAUGGCAAAGAGACAACAAGUGUAUAAUAUGCAAACAUCAUGAUGAUAAUGCAGUUUUAACACUGUAUUUGUAUGAAAGUUGAGAUUACCAUCAAGUGCAACUAUGACUGAUUUUCUCUAAUUGCAUACAGCUCUUCAUGCUGUUGUUUGCAAGCAAAAAUGGUUGCUAGCUCAAUUUGAUUGAGCAUGUAGAAGGAAGAGGUUCUCACUUGUCUGGCAUAAAAAAUGUGUUUUCAGGUGAUGGCAUGAAUUGAAAUAUCUGAGUUAUCUGUGGGAUCUUUUAAUUAAUCAAAUAAAACAUUGCCUUAA